GGGGAAAGCCCAGGGAGGGUAAUAUGUUCAGCGUGUCCUUCGCCUUAUGAUCUGUGUGGACGCGACCUCUACGCGUUUUGUCAGCUAGAUUUGGUCGUGCUUUCUUUUCCGUACUUUCCUUUGUAGUUUACAGAUGGAUACAGGCAAUCGAACAACAUUAAAAGUAGAGGAAGGAUGAAGCAUGGCGGAUGGUUUACGCGAUAACUCGCAGAGAUGCUAGCAGUUCUGGAUGUUUUAUCAAUGUGGGUUUCCUUAUAAGUCGCUGCGGGCGGGAUAUACUUGAAUCAUGGUGCUGAGAUCUAGACGCGAAUCGUAUCUUCUCACGAAGCGUACCAUCCUCCCCCGUUAGAGGAAACCUUCGUUACCUGCAUUAUCACGAAUUGCUAUGUUGCAUCUAUGGAUGCUAUUAAGUGGAUGCUGUAUGUGCAUAGUCAUUAGUCGUUUCUACACGUCAUGCUGUCUGUUGAAGGUAGUCUAAUAGAAGCGAAACGUACGCGCUCAAGACGUUGAUGGUGUAUAGUGUAUGGAAAAAUUGGAACCAGCCAAACAAUGCUUUUGUGCUACAGUGUACGAUCAAGAGUCUAAUGGAUCCAUUGGGAUGGGUCAACCUGCAAAAAGGAAGAUAAAAUUAAUAGAAAUGGUUUUUCUUUUAAUUGCACACGCGUUAGACCCAAGCGAAGAUCUAACGCAGCUGUACUCAGGCGCCACUCUGCAACAAACGAAAAACAAGCUCUACCCGAUCUACACAGAACAAUUGUUUCAUUUUAACAUAUGUCUAGGAGUGUUCAACAAACAACACACGCUUACGAAGGAACUGAACUUGGGAGGAUGGAACGAAGAAUAUUACGGUUUGGACUAUGUCCAUGCAACACUGGCACAACCCCGACAACCCACAUCUAUUCUGCCCAACGUCAGCUUGUGAUCGGGUUCGAGUUCGAAGCUUGCUUUACUACGACCUCGUCAACGUUUUGCGAACCGCUAUUCCCUGACGCCAUAGUUAAGUUGGACCAGCCUGAUUUUUUUGUGAUCAGGCAUCGGCAACCGACAACAGGACCGCAUUAAUCAAGCAUCCGGAUAUUUCGGGCUACCGCUGCUGUAGCCGUUGCUACAAUUAAAUAACUCGAUUCUCUCUCGACGGGAUAUUCUUUGCUUGUAUGUGCUGAAAGUAAAGCCAAUACUCAUUGGGCCAUAUGUACGACUACCUCUUCCGCCAAAAAUAUUUUCAUUAUCAAUAGAAUGCAGGUGUGUCAUACUGCGAUCGUGUCCUACUCAACUAUAGUUUAAGUGACAGUGAUUUCCGCGAUUAACUACGAUGGUUUGCACAACUUACUAAAUUAACUUCCUGUAAAAUAUAUCCACAAUUUCAGACGUGACGCAAUACACGUACUACCGUAAGCAUUUUGACGACUCACUUUAAAUGUGUCCACAUGUCU